AUGGAAUAUUCAUCAUCCUCAUUCACCCCUGCUAGUGGUACCUUCGAAACGUAUGAAGACUACAUGAAACCUAUCAGAACCCUCACUUCAAAUACCGAGAAUCUGGAAGUUCUCUGUGAAGCACAACUGGACUUUCAAAGCUUAAAGGAAAACGGAUGUGAUCUAACUGCUGAUAUUGAAGCUCAAGGAUGGUAUAAGUUCUUUGAUCUUCUUCAUGGUCCAGUCUAUACGAAACUGGUAAAAGAAUUCUGGAUACAUGCUACUGCUGGUGAAAAUGCAGCUUCUUCAAACAUAAUGGGUAAGAAGAUUUCCAUUAUUGAAGACUCAAUUGAAAAAAUUAUAUCGCAUGAUGGAAAUGGGAUAAAAUGCACAGGAAUGGCUGAAAAAUGUUUGAACCGAUCUUUUGUAACAAAAGAAAUUUUUGCCGAUGGUGACUCUUCUACAAGAAUUAAAGAUUUGAUGAAAAAUAUCAAAGUAUGGGCUAAAGAUCAUUCUGGAAACCAUCAAUCACAAGAAAGUUACUCCAGCCUCUGA